AUGUCGUUACCUCAAACUUAUAACGACAACCAGCUGAUACAGCUAUACAUAAACAACAUCAAGACGAGGACCAGAGAGGACAGAGUGGACCAUGUGUGGACGCAGAUACUCAGGUUUUAUUGGCCCAUCACUGCCAAUUAUGGUAUUGAGCGUGAGCCGUAUGCCGCCGAAAAUGCGAGAACGAAAGCCGAUGUUGUCCUUACUACUAUGUCGAUGAACAAAAUCGUUAAAUGCGUUUUUGUUGAGUGCAAAAGGCACAACGCCGACAUCGAGAAUAGCGACUGGGAUUCCUCUAAGGCCCAGUUGGAAAGGUUCAUCCGACGUUGGGAAGAGAGAAGCCCUACGCAAGUUAUUUAUGGUCUUCUUUGCAUUGGACACUCCGUGCGCUUCUAUUACAUGCCUCAGUUCAAAGACAAAUUGGUGGAUUUCAAAACGAAGGAUCUGACUUUGUCUAUCCAAGACAAUGCUACUGAGGUUGAUAUGAUUCUCAGGGAGAUUCGCGAGUUGAUUGCUAUUGAGUACCACGUGUAG